UUCUUGUUUUUUUUUUCUGGGUGUUUUAUUUUAUUUUAUUUAUGUUAAUUAAUAAUUUAUCAUUGGGAAAACUUUGUGACCGACACUUCUUCUUCUUCUCUCUCUCUCUCUCUGUAUGGUUUAAUUUAAUUUUUCUCAGUGAUGACGAACAUGUUUCCUUAAAUUUUCGCCAUUGUUUUCGUUUUGGAAACUUGCCUUUUUUUUUUUUUUGGGUUUUUGCCUUUUACUUAGAGGACUCGCUGCUCUGUAUUUAAGACAGUAGUAGAAGUAUGGGAAGCAUGAAUUGGUUACCUGAGCAAGAGGAGGAUUUCAAAGGUAUUCUCUCUGAUGAUUUCUUUGAUGAUCUCAUCAAUAACCUUGACUGCCCUCUUGAUGAAGACGACAUCGAUACCACCAAUGCUCCUGAAGAUUGGGUUGCCAAGUUUCAAGACCUUGAGCCUCCCCCUAUGGAUAUGUUCCCCUCUUUGCCUUCUCACCUCACCUCCCUUGCCAAGCCUGCUCGUCUUGCGGUUCCUCCUUUUCUGGUGCAGAAGCAGUCCAGUUCUUCUGAAGCCUUGUCCGGCAUACACAGCAGCACUCUCAAUCAAUCUUCAUCGCCUCCUGAUAUCAAAGUCUCUAAGCUAUUUCAGUCUUCAAGUCCGGUGUCAGUUCUUGUCAACAGUUGCGAUUCUCUCUCCCCACAGAACUCCAGGUCUCAGGGGUUGGCUUUCCCUGUGAAAGGCAUCAGAAGCAAGCGCAGACGCCCCACUACAAUGAGAUUAAACUACCUUUUCCCCUUUGAUGAACCCAAAAAGCCCGAGAAGUUCACUCCGGGCGAAUCACGAUCCCAGAGUUACUAUUCCUCCGAGCAACAUGCCAAGAAGAAACGCAAGAUUCAGCUGACAGCAACCCACACUGUGUCUUCCAGUUUUGAGGCAAUCAACUCUGACGGGAUUGUCAGGAAGUGCACUCAUUGUGAGACAACCAAGACCCCGCAGUGGAGGGAAGGGCCUAAUGGACCAAAGACCCUCUGCAACGCUUGCGGGGUCAGGUUCAGAUCUGGUCGUCUUGUUCCAGAAUACCGACCUGCCUCAAGCCCGACCUUCAUCCCAUCUGUGCAUUCAAACUCACACAGGAAGAUCAUAGAGAUGAGAAGGAAGGACGACAACCAGUUCGAUACCAGCAUGAUGCACGCGGUGAUAUCUGGAGCUUAAAGACAACAAGGCAACAAGGCAGGGCAGUUUUAAGUUUGGUCUCUGAUCCGCAGAAAUGGCAACUCAGUGGAGGAAGAAGAUGGUAUAAAAAUUAGGGGUUAGUGACUGUUUUCAAAUCUGAUGAAGAGAGUUUAGGGGUUUAGUUCAAGUUAGGGAUAUUAAAUAGUGUUGUUUCAUUAUGUGUUUUAUCUGCUCUCUCCCAUUUUGCGAGCUCUAUGUUUGCAGAUGGAGGUGUUUGGCUGUCAUUUGUGUAUCAGAGGAAGACAGGUGAAAGCCAAUGUUUGCUUUUUUUUUCUUUUCUUUUCUUUUAGCUCUUUAAAAGAACCCUAUUCUUUUAUUCUUCAAUGCCAUAAUCUUUUUAUUUUCCA